ACCGAGCAAGAAGGGAAGCAGCCAGAGUGAGGCUCAGGCGUGCAGCGUCACGGCGGCGGCGGCUCCAAGCCUCGCCCAGGCAAGAGGCAGCGAGGAGGGAGGGAGUCUCUGCGCGCUCGCGGGUGUGUGUGUGGUGUGCGCGCGCGCACGGGCGGGGAGGACUCCGAGGGCUCGGCCAGGGAGGCGGCGACGGACGCGGGGAGCGGCAGCGCCGUCCGGUAGGUAUAAAGGCGGUGACUCAACACUUGCACCAUGCGUGAAUAUAAACUAGUGGUUCUUGGUUCAGGAGGUGUUGGAAAGUCUGCAUUGACUGUACAGUUUGUUCAAGGAAUAUUUGUUGAAAAGUAUGAUCCUACGAUAGAAGACUCCUACCGAAAGCAAGUUGAAGUAGAUGCACAACAAUGUAUGCUUGAAAUCUUAGACACAGCAGGAACGGAACAGUUUACAGCCAUGAGAGACCUCUACAUGAAAAAUGGUCAAGGGUUUGCUUUAGUAUAUUCCAUCACAGCACAGUCCACAUUUAAUGAUUUGCAGGAUCUAAGAGAACAGAUUCUUCGAGUCAAAGACACUGAUGAUGUACCAAUGAUUCUGGUUGGCAACAAGUGCGAUUUGGAAGAUGAAAGAGUUGUGGGAAAGGAACAAGGACAGAAUUUAGCAAGGCAAUGGAAUAACUGUGCAUUCUUAGAGUCUUCUGCAAAAUCAAAAAUAAAUGUUAAUGAGAUCUUCUACGACCUUGUGCGACAAAUUAACAGAAAAACUCCAGUACCUGGGAAAGCACGCAAAAAGUCAUCUUGUCAGCUACUUUAAUAUAUGUGUGUACUGUAGCACUGAGCCAGGUCUGAAGAACUGUUGCUGACUACAACAGUGCCAGCAUUCCAACUUUAUUAAACCUACCAACAUCUUAAAAUGGACUUUCCUGUGGUGGUACCCUUUGUGAAAUGGAUGACAGCUACUACAUCAGUUUGCACAUUCUAAUCACUUUCCAGUGUCACGAGAGAUUUUUACUUAUAAAUAAUCUAAAUGUACGCAACUGGUAAAACCAGAGCCUACAUCCAGUAUUACUGAUAAGAGACAUUGUUCAUCCACCAAUGUUGUACAUGUAUGAAAACUGUACUGUAUACUGCAACAAACCCCAUACUUCCUAUUGGAGAGUACAAUAAUGUAAAUCCGAAAAGCACCACUAUUUUAGCGUAAUAAAAGAAAGUCCAAAGAGCUCCUAUAUAGACUACUCCAGAUAACUUUGCUUCAUCGGUAUUUGUAGCUUAUUGUAACUUUUUUAAAAGAAAAAUACAGGAUCACCAUUGUAUUGUACAAAAGCGCUUUGAUUAACUCAACAGCUAUAUAGUUUUUUAAUUUUAGGAUAAAAAACCUGUGGAGACAGUGAUCUAGUCUUUAAAAUGAGUCCUUUCACUAUAAUGUCUGUCUAAAGACAUUGCCUUUAAUAUCUGUUGGGAAGGAAAUGUCCAGAUUUUUCAACCUUUUAUUGUAUGUUUCCUUUUCCUUGUUUACAUAGGGAACAAUGUUUAUAGUUGUGUGUACAGUGGGGGUCUACAACAAGAAGUGUAUAUUUUAAAACAAUUUUUUAAUGAUUUAACAAUUUUUUGUAAAUCAUUUUGGCUUCUGCAGCUGUAGAUUCUCACUGUGAAUUCCCUUGCUUGCUCAUGCAUAAGUGUAUUUGCAAUACCAAAUAUACAGGUUUAGUACUUUUGCCUGUUAGUGAUUGUUUUACAUGUGUAACGUUUUGGUUGAGAUGUUAAAUGGUGGACGAGUACUGUGGAUGUGAAUGUGGGAAGUAAUUUUAAUCAUGUGUAAUUGGUCCCAGGGCCUAAGUUGCAGUAAUUACCUUUUUGCAGAUUUAUUUAACAAUGCCUUGUUGCUUUGUAUGCAUUAACGUUUGGGUGUAAAGAUUGCGUGUAAAAUCCAACAGGGAGCCACAGUAUUUAAAUUGACCAACCUAAUGUUACAACUGCUUUGAGGUGGCCAAAUGUAAACUAAAAGCCUUAAUUAAAAGUGGUGCAAUUUUGUAUGACUUAGCAUCAGUAGUUCAAUAAAUUUGGAUUGCCAUGCAAGGGCUUGCAUUACAACUACCUGUAAUUGAAUGUUUUGUGUAAUGUUUCGGUGAGAUCAGUAAUGUGUUAAAAUGUGUGUCUGGCAAUUAGAAUUUGAAACCCCAAGGAAUCAUUGCUUGUCCAUCCUAUAUAAGUCAGACUACUUACACAUUCUCCUAAAUAAUCAUGGAUGUGCUCUGACCACUAAUGUUGCCAUAAUUUACUGGUUUCAGUGGAAACAUUCCAGAGUUAGGUCAGCCUCCGUUGCUGAGUAUCUUUGCUAAGAAAUGUGAUAGAAGGAAAAAGAGAGUGAGAUUAUUUUUACCAACCUUCUUUGUCCCAAGAGGGUACUGGUAUAUGCUAAACCUAGAACUAUGUUAAGUUUACAAAUACUUUGAGGCCUGAAAGACAUCAGAUGCGCAAAUGGAGUAGUCUUACAAGCUGCUUGUUUCAAGAUAAUUCAAAACUAUUAUUGGCUAUGCAUAAAGAAUCCUAUGUAGUCUGCUUGUUCUCAAGUAAAAAAUACCAGGUUAAUUGAGCAACAAACUCAUGGAAGCGUGGGGUAUCUGAAAUGUACAGGCAAGGUUCCCCAUAUGCUUGCUGUAGUGCGCAAAAAUAUGGACAGCGCAAGUUGACCAACCAUGAGUUGGGUAUUCGUUUUAUCUUGGCUACUGAAGUCCAGUCACAAGAACCUGAAGUUACUGGGGCAGGAACUGUAUUUCAGAAUGCUGAAUCACAGUACAGGAUUGGGAUUUUUUCUAAUCCUAGCUAAAGAAACCAGCUGCAUGCAGGUGACUUGGCAAAAGGUUCAGUUUUUUAUAAAGCCUUUCAUUUUUUGAUAAACUGUGAAGCAGAUAGCACAGGCAAUAGUUGAUUCUAUGGCCUGGGUUACUGCUUGGUUGGUAGUUUAUUGCAACCUUGUCUGCCUUUGAGAACUGAAUCUUAACUAUACAGAAAAAUGCUCAUUAACAUCCUUUGGUUGGAAAGAAGUCUGUUUCACUGGUAAGUUCUGGCACUCUGUUCGUGGGUGAGUAUAACUUGUGUGUGCUGCUGUACUUAUUGGUAGUCUGGACAGGCAGGACUACUAUACAAAGCAGCCUUGUACAUAGCCCUGUGUAGGAGAAAUCUCUUGCCAGUUCUAGUCCUCCCAUGCUCCAAAUAGGGCUUUUGCAGAGCUCUGCCAAUUUUGAAGCAGCUGGGCUUUUUUCUCACCAUCACUGGAUUUUAGGUAGAAAAGGAGCCAGCAGAGAAACGUAGCUGGUUAACUGCAUUCAUACGAGAAAUGAUGACUACACCAAAAUGCAUUAGUCUUGGUUCUACAGCUACAGCAUUUCCUAAGAGAUUGUGCAUGACUUUUCUGUACAGUAUAAAAUAUAGUGCCAAACAAUCGUAUAUACUAUGCUUUUGGUCACAGCUUUUGGAUAAGAUUGUUUUAUUCAUAUCUCAUCCUUUAUUUCCUCACAGCUGUUCAUUUGCAGAACACUACAGGCUGUAACAUUAAGCAACCCUAAACGUGUAUGUGCAUGUACCUGAAAGUUGCAGGAAAGACUCAUACAGCCUUCCUGCAGCUUAAGAUACAGUAUGUAUUCCUGGCCCAAAAAAGUUCCUCCUGGGUUUUCAAAUGUGAGUCUUUAGUGGGAACCAAACUCAUAACUCACCAUCGUGGUGGUGUUUUUUUAAAAAGAAUAAACACCAAACUGCCUGUGUCUUUUUAAAUAACUGGCUGUGUUUUGAUAAUGGCAGUUAAUCAUAACCCUCCCCUCAAAUUCAUUGCUCACUUUUUAAAAAGGCUAGUAUUUCCAGGUUAAUACAUACUGUGUAACAUCACUUUUCAAACUCUGUAUAGUUCUGUAUUUCUUCUGCUUAUUCUAGUUCACAGGAUUAGGUUUUUGGCAAGGUAUUACUAGCUACUUGUCUUUCAUGAUAGUGUACUUUCUGUCUCCCUUGGCACAGCAAAUCUGAAGCAAACAUCUCCAAGAAGAAUGCAGUGGGAGAAACUUGUUCUCAAAAGUGCCUAAGAGGUUUUAUUACAGCUCAAGGCAUUUCAGAAUUCAUGUUCCUUCAGGAGCAAUCUUAAACUUUCACAAUACAAAUACUUCCUAUCUGUCACCAUGGUCUUCCUCAUAGUGCCAGAUAGGUAGCAAUAUUUGUGCAAGCUGCUUCAGCUGCCUAAGGUACACAUUCUGUAGAAUAUUGCUUCUUGAGUAAAAGCUGACUUCCAAAACUAGUAAGUCCAUGCUUUGUGGGGAAGAGUUUCUCCUUUUGUAUUAUUACUGGCUUCUGUGCCUAGUUUGUUUCUAACUCAUCCAUGCUCAGUGGAUCUGCAAUUCAACAUCUGUGUUAGGAUUAUCACUGUCAGGAUAUCUUAAAAGGACAUUUGUACUGAUGCGGAGUGGGGAGCUCGCAUUGGCAGAAGCAGCCCUGUCUCUGGUGGUGUCUCCUUGUCAAGGCAGAAGCUUUCAGUGUGAAGCAACCUCUAUCUCCUAGUAUUUCCACUUGCCAGGUUGUCUUUUCUGUCUGGGUUGUGUGUGUUGGAUUUGUAUUGAAAGAACAGUUCCAUGGCUUCAUGUAUGAAUGACCAGCCCUACUGCUACACUAGCAACUGUUAACAUGCAUUUUAGUGUAAACCCAUUAGCUAGCCUGCCCUACUCUCCCUGUGACAUGUCUUCCCAGUUCUUGCUCUGUAAGAGAACUGUUUAAUCUCUUGCCAAUUUAAUUGUAAUGGGUGGAUAUUUGGGAUGCUUUACCUGUAAACCUAAUUUCAAUGCUAAUAAAGGAAAUUGAUUUUUCUUUGA